AUGGAAACACAACGCUUUGCCAGUCUUGUUCCCAUUGGAAUAGUUCGGGAAGUCAGUGAUACGUUUAAAGUUGGCGGGUUUACGUUUCCCAAAGGAAGCAUUCUUUGGCCAGUCUUGGACUCUGUUCACUACGAGAAGAAAAUCUGGGGCGAUCCAGAGAACUUCCGGCCUGAAAGAUUCAUCGAUAAGAACGGAGCUCUCAUCAACCGAGAAGAACUGAUCCCAUUUUCCAUCGGCAGACGAAUAUGUUUAGGAGAAGCCCUGGCUAAAAUGGAACUGUUUCUGUUUCUGUCUGCUAUGUUUCAACGCUUCAAGUUUCAACCAGCUGAUAGUUCUGGUAAUCUCCCAACUUUGAAAGAGUCUUUCGGAGCUACUUGUGUGCCCCAACCUUUUAAACUGAAGUUCAUAGAACGCAGUAGACAAAUAUAA